AUGUGCCCCCCAGUCAGUGUGAGGUCUAGCAGGGAGGGCAUGUCCCACCUCUAUGCCGCCUGGUUGUAUCAGCUCCAACAUGGGGCCCAGCUAAGGAUUUGCUUCGCUUGUUUCAAGCUUGCCUUUCUGAGCCUGAAAGAGUUCUUGGAGUCAGAAGGCUGGGAAGAUGAGGACGGGGACCCUCAGCUGAUGGAGUUCCCCUGGCUAGGGCCUGAAGAGGGUCCACCCCUGGAGAUGGGGCUCAGCUGGUGGCAGGACCUGGGUCAGCCUGAACAGGGUGGGUUUUCGGACUUGGGGUCAGACACUGUGCUGUCAGACUCUGAUGAGUCUGAAGAGGUGAGCUUGGACCAGUACUUUGUGCCCACUGAGCUGAACCCUCAAAAUGCAGCGCCCUUGAGCCUGGGUCCUGAAGAUGCUGACUGGACCCAGGGCCUUCCCUGGAGAUUUGGGGGAGUUCCUGCCUGCAACCACUGGCCGAGCCCCUAUUUUCAAUGGCAGAGGUUUUUCGAAGAGGUUCUGCCCCCUGGUGAACCCAUGCUGUUGGAGCUGGUUACCACCCGGGAGAUGGACCCUGUUGAGGCCGAGGCCUGGUUACUAGACUUGCAGCUCCUGUCCAUGGUGGGAGUCUCUGAUGCCGCCUACCUCCGGAACAUGACAGCUCGCUGGGUCCUGAGGACUUCGGGCCAGUGCUGGGAGGUGCUGCUGGACCCUGAUGAUGCAUGUGUGGUGAGGGUCCAAAGUGAACGCCAGGGGCAGGACCUGACCCAGUGGGAGCUGAGCAUUCUGGAAACCUCCUCAACAGGGUAUGGUGUGGAGCUGGUCCCUGCGGACACCGCCUUGCUUCGAAGGGGAUUCAGCAUUCUCUCUUAUUCUCCCUGGGAUGAAAAUGAGGCAGAGGAGGACAACUCGACAUUCGAGUUCUCCAACCAUGAAGAGGGGCCCGACAUCACUGUGACCAGCAGCAGUGAGCCCAGGGAAACUGGGGAGAGCCUGGGCCCUGGGGGAGCUGCCCUGUUUCCAGCCCCUCUGCCCAAGGCCCCAGAAAUGAGGGACUGA